AUGAUUCACGUAUCUGGUUGCUCGAAGAAAAAAUCGUCUGCUGGCAAAACUUCAAAUGACGGAAAAUCAUUUUCAUCUACGAACAGUCGGGAAAACCUCACGGCCGAGAAAGGCUCAAAAGACAAUGGGAAUCCCGAACGAGUGAAGAAGUCAACUGAAGAAAAAAUUACGAGAAAAGAGAAUCUGGAACCACCACAGCUAGUAGUAACAUCAGCAACGAUGGAUGCUAAGAAGAAAGGAUCUGAUAGAAAAAAAGGAAAAAAGAAGUCAUCUGGGGAAACUGCCAAAAAGAAAAGCGCAAAGAGUGAGCAGAAGACACAGACGUUGGAUAUAGAAAAAUCAAAAGUGGCACAAAAGUCGUGUCUAAAUACAGCAAUCAUUGGAAGUACAAUGAUGGGAACAAUGAGAGAACCGUCAAAAAUUUCAAAGAUUUCUAAAGCCGGGGCAAACGCUAAUGGUGUAGAAGGUGGAGAAGGCGGAGAUGGAGGUUAUGAAAAACUUGGAGAUUUAUCGGCAGAUGAGUUGAAGAGAAUAGCCGAUGCUGCACCGGCCUAG